UCUCUUUCUCCUUUCUCCCCAAAUCCCUAGCCCUUUCCUGUAUAAAUACUUCACCAGAAGCGUUCCAACACGGGAAAAGCUAGAGAGAGAAAGCAGAGCGAGAAACCACUGAAACCCUCCUUAAUUAUCCUCGUUCUGCUUCGAGGGUUAUCGAUCUGUGUAGGAAAUCUCAGACAGGCGGACUUAUUUUAGUUGCUGGGGACACCGCCAUGUCUUCGCUUAGCAGAGAACUGGUGUUUCUUAUACUUCAGUUUCUAGAUGAAGAAAAAUUUAAGGAGUCUGUUCACAAGUUGGAGCAAGAGUCGGGAUUUUUCUUUAACAUGAGAUAUUUCGAGGAUAUGGUAACGAAUGGGGAGUGGGACGAGGUUGAAAAAUAUUUGUCUGGUUUCACGAAGGUGGAUGAUAAUAGAUAUUCCAUGAAGAUCUUCUUUGAGAUUAGGAAGCAGAAAUACCUUGAAGCUUUAGAUAAGCAAGAUCGAUCAAAAGCAGUGGAUAUUUUAGUGAAGGACUUGAAAGUGUUUGCCGCAUUUAAUGAGGAUCUUUUCAAGGAAAUCACACAACUGUUGACUUUGGAUAACUUUAGACAUAAUGAACAGCUAUCUAAGUAUGGAGAUACAAAGUCCGCUAGGGGGAUAAUGCUCGCUGAACUAAAGAAAUUAAUAGAAGCUAACCCUUUGUUUCGUGAUAAGCUUCAGUUUCCUACCUUGAAGAACUCCAGGCUGCGGACUUUAAUCAAUCAAAGUUUAAACUGGCAACAUCAACUCUGUAAGAAUCCAAGGUCUAAUCCUGACAUAAAGACCCUAUUUGUAGACCAUAGCUGUGGACAGCCAAAUGGUGCACGGGCUCCAUCCCCUGUUACUAAUCCUCUAAUGGGUGCUGUCCCCAAGGCUGGAGGUUUCCCACCGCUUGGUGCUCAUGGUCCAUUCCAGCCAACACCACCUGCUCUUCAGACAUCACUUGCUGGAUGGAUGGCCAAUCCAUCCCCUGUUCCACACCCAUCAGCCUCUGCAGUACCAAUAGGUUUGACUGCAGCGAAUAAUGCAGCUAUUUUAAAGCGCCCCAGAACUCCCACUAAUAACCCAGCUAUGGACUAUCAAACUGCAGAUUCAGAUCACGUAUUGAAGAGGACAAGGCCUUUUGGCAUAUCAGAUGAAGUCAAUAAUCUACCAGUAAAUAUUCUGCCUGUUGCUUACUCUAGCCAAAGCCACGGUCAGAGCUCCUAUUCGUCUGAUGACUUGCCCAAGAACGUUGUGAUGACUCUAAGCCAAGCAUCUGUCAAAAGUAUGGAUUUCCAUCCGCUUCAACAAAUCCUACUUUUAGUUGGAACAAACAUGGGAGAUGUCAUGGUGUGGGACGUAGGUAGCCGUGACAGGAUUGCACUUAGAAAUUUCAAGGUCUGGGACCUUGGAGUGUGUUCAAUGCCUCUACAGGCAUCACUGGCUAAUGAUUACACAGCUUCGGUGAACCGUGUGAUGUGGAGUCCUGAUGGAACACUUUUG